CUAGUGGACUUAAAAUAUAUUAUUACAUUAUGAUUUUCCGCUUGUUAUAGUAAGAUGCCUAGACUAAGAACGGUACACAGCAAAACUUAUGUAACACCUAGACGCCCAUUUGAGAAGGAAAGAUUAGAUCAAGAGUUAAAACUAAUUGGGGAAUUUGGUUUAAGGAAUAAACGCGAAGUAUGGAGAGUUAGAUAUACAUUGGCAAAAAUUCGAAAAGCAGCUCGAGAACUUUUGACUCUCGAAGAGAAGGACCCCAAAAGAUUGUUUGAAGGUAAUGCAUUACUCAGAAGAUUAGUUAGAAUUGGGGUAUUAGAUGAAUCUAAGAUGAAAUUGGAUUACGUUUUAGGUUUAAGGAUCGAGGAUUUUCUGGAGCGUAGAUUACAAACCCAAGUGUUCAAACUUGGGUUGGCUAAAAGCAUUCACCAUGCCCGUAUUUUAAUAAGGCACAAACAUAUCAGGGUUCGAAAACAAGUUGUAAAUAUUCCAUCCUUUAUAGUUAGAUUGGAUUCUCAAAAGCACAUAGAUUAUUCACUUAAAUCACCAUUUGGUGGUGGCAGACCUGGAAGAAUUAAGAGGAAAAAUAUGAAAAAAGCUACCACUGGAGGUAAAAAUGAAGAUGAUGAUGAUGAAGAGUAGAGAAGACGAAUAAUUAAAUAUAUAAAUGUAUUUAAAUUGUUUGCUUCUAUAUAAAUUAUUUUAUGAAUAAAGUAUGAAAAGUUA